AGUGACGUGCGGUGCUCGGCUGGCCGCGGAGUCAGUCGAAGCUCUCCUUGGCGGCCAGCUGAGCCAGCUGAGGCGGGGGCAAAACAUGGCUCGGACCUUGGAAGGCGCGAAGGCUCGGGUUGCGGUGGAGACCGAAGCCCCCGCAGCGUGAGGUCCUGAUAUUUUGGAAGCUACAAGAAAAAAAGAUUAAGAGGUUGGUGUGUUUUGUGGACAUGGCUCAGAUUUCCAACAGCAAUGAAUUUAAACAGUGUUCAUCUUCACAUCCGGAACCAAUAAGAACCAAAGAUGUGGACAAAGCAGAAGCAUUACAGAUGGAAGCAGAGGCCUUAGCAAAACUUCAGAAGGAUAGACAAAUGACUGACAGCCCUAGAAGCUUUGAGCUGUCUAGCAGCACUAGACAAAGAACACAAGGUUUUAACAAACAGGAUUAUGAUCUCAUGGUGUUUCCUGAGUCUGAUUCGCAAAAGAGAGCAGUAGAUAUUGACGUAGAAAAGCUCACCCAAGCUGAACUUGAGAAGAUACUGCUGGAUGACAGUUUUGAGACUAAAAAACCACCUGUGCUGCCAGUUACUCCUGUUCUGAGCCCUUCAUUUUCAGCACAGCUGUAUCUUGGACCUACUGUUCAAAGAGAACAGUGGCCCCCUGGAUUAUCCGGGCCUUCCACAUAUACUUUACCUUCUAUUUAUCCUUCAGCAUACAGUAAACAGACCACAUUCCAGAAUGGCUUCAGUCCAAGGAUGCCCACUUUUCCAUCUACAGAACCUAUAUAUUUACGACUUCCAGGACAGUCUCCAUAUUUUUCAUAUCCUUUGACACCUUCCAUACCAUUUCAGCCACAAGGAAAUUUACCAAUCUAUCGGCCAAUAGUCAGUCCUGACAUGGCAAAACUAUUUGACAAAAUAGCAAGUACAUCAGAAUUUUUAAAAAAUGGGAAAGCAAGGACUGAUUUGGAGAUUGCAAAUGCGAAAACUUCAGUCUGCAGUCUACAAGUGUCUCCAAAGUCUGAAGACAUCAGUAAAUUUGACUGGUUAGACUUGGAUCCUCUAAGUAAACCUAAAGUGGACAGUGUGGAGUUGUUAGAGCGUGACGGAGAGGAGAAGAGUCCAGUUUUGCUAGCAGAGGAUCCUUGGGAUGCUGUUCUUCUUGAAGAGAGAUCUCUAGCAAGUUGUCACCUAGAAAGAAAGGUGAAUGGAAAAUACCUUUCUGGGGCAACUGUAACAAGAAGCCAGUCUUUAAACAUUCGAACGGCUCAACCUACAAAAGCCCAAGGCCAAGUAUCUCAGAAAGACCCAAAUGGGACCAGUAGUUUGCCAACUGGAAGUUCUCUUCUACAAGAAUUUGAAGUGCAGAAUGAGGAGGUGGCAGCUUUUUGUCAAUCCAUUAUGAAAUUGAAGACCAAAUUUCCAUAUACAGAUCACUGCACAAAUCCAGGCUAUUUGUUAAGUCCAGUCACAGUGCAAAGAAGUAUGUGUGGAGAACCUGCCAGCGUGAAGGUCUCCAUUGAAAUUGAAGGAUUUCAACUGCCAGUUACUUUUACAUGUGAUGUGAGUUCUGCUGUAGAAAUACUUAUAAUGCAAGCCCUUUGCUGGGUGCACGAUGACUUGAAUCAAGUGGAUGUUGGCAGCUAUGUUCUGAAAGUUUGUGGUCAAGAGGAGGUUCUACAGAAUAAUCAUUGCCUUGGAAGUCAUGAACAUAUUCAAAAUUGUCGAAAAUGGGACACAGAGAUUAAAUUACAACUCUUGACCUUCAGUGCAAUGUGCCAGAAUCUGGCUCGAACAGCAGAAGAUGAUGAAGCACCUGUGGAUUUAAACAAUUUCUUGAAUCAAAUAGAAAAACCUUAUAAAGAAGUCAUGACAAGACACCCUGUUGAAGAACUCUUAGAUUCCUAUCACAACCAAGUGGAACUGGCUCUUCAAACUGAAGAUAUCUCAAUGGCACAAGACUAUACUUUAAGAGAAGUUUUGGAUUUGGAGCAAAAUGAGAAGAUAUCCCAUAUAUACAUUCCCUGGUACUACCCAGAUCUAGUGACUUCAUUAUCUGGAGGAGAUACUACCAAGAACUUAACUAGGGACUCACUGAAUCCUGAAAAUCCUGUUCAAGUAAGCCUGGAUCACUUAACAGCAGCAAUUUACGAUCUUCUCAGGCUCCAUGCAAAUUCUAGUAAGAGUUCUGCAGACUGUCCUCAAAGUAGCAGGAGCAUCAAGGAAGCGUGGACUGCAACAGAGCAGCUCCAGUUUACUGUCUAUGCUGCACAUGGAAUUUCCAGUAACUGGGUAGCAAAUUAUGAAAAAUACUACUUGAUAUGUUCCCUGUCUCACAAUGGGAAGGAUCUUUUUAAACCUAUUCAAUCAAAGAAGGUUGGCACGUACAAGAAUUUCUUCUAUCUUAUUAAAUGGGAUGAACUAAUCAUUUUUCCUAUUCAAAUAUCACAGUUGCCAUUAGAGUCAAUUCUUCAUCUUACUCUGUUUGGAAUUUUAAAUCAAAGCAGUGGAAGUUCACCUGAUUCUAAUAAACAAAGAAAGGGGCCAGAAACUUUGGGUAAAGUUUCUUUGACUCUUUUUGACUUUAAACGGUUUUUAACAUGUGGAACAAAACUUCUCUACCUUUGGACUUCAUCACAUACACAUUCUGUUCCUGGAGCAAUCCCAAAAAAAGGCUGUGUCAUGGAAAGAAUUGUGCUACAGGUUGAUUUUCCUUCUCCUGCAUGUGACAUUGUUUAUACAUCUCCCCAAGUUGAUAGAAACGUUAUUCAACAGUACAAGUUGGAAACACUGGAGAACGAUGUAAAGGGAAAACUUCUGGAUAUUCUUCACAGGGACUCAUCAUUUGGACUUUCUAAAGAAGAUAAGGUCUUUUUGUGGGAAAAACGUUAUUAUUGCUUCGAACAUCCAAAUUGUCUUCCUAAGAUACUAGCAAGUGCCCCAAACUGGAAAUGGGCUAAUCUUGCCGAAACUUACUCAUUGCUGCACCAGUGGCCGCCAUUGUGCCCACUAGCUGCGUUGGAGCUUCUUGAUGCAAAAUUUGCUGACCAGGAAGUGCGAUCUCUAGCUGUGAGCUGGAUUGAGGCCAUUAGUGAUGAUGAGCUAACAGAUCUUCUCCCACAGUUUGUACAGGCUUUGAAAUAUGAAAUUUACUUGAAUAGUUCACUAGUGCGCUUCCUUCUGUCCAGGGCCUUGGGAAAUAUCCAGAUAGCACACAGUUUGUAUUGGCUUCUCAAGGAUGCUUUGCAUGAUACACAUUUUGGAAGCAGAUAUGAGCAUGUGUUGGGUGCUCUCCUCUCAGUAGGAGGAAAAGGACUCAGAGAAGAACUUUCUAAGCAGAUGAAACUUGUACAACUUUUAGGAGGAGUGGCAGAAAAAGUAAGACAGGCUAGUGGAUCAACCAGACAGGUGGUCCUCCAAAAGAGUAUGGAACGAGUACAGUCCUUUUUUCUGAAAAAUAAUUGUCGCCUUCCUCUCAAACCAAGUCUAGUGGCAAAAGAAUUAAAUAUUAAGUCGUGCUCUUUCUUCAGUUCUAAUGCUAUGCCCCUGAAAGUCACAAUGGUGAAUGCUGAUCCUCUGGGGGAAGAAAUUAAUGUCAUGUUUAAGGUUGGUGAAGACCUUCGACAAGAUAUGUUAGCUUUACAGAUGAUAAAGAUUAUGGAUAAGAUCUGGCUUAAAGAGGGACUGGAUCUGAGGAUGGUGAUAUUCAAAUGCCUGUCAACUGGCCGAGAUCGAGGCAUGGUGGAGCUAGUUCCUGCUUCAGAUACCCUCAGGAAAAUCCAAGUGGAAUAUGGUGUGACGGGAUCCUUUAAAGAUAAACCCCUUGCCGAAUGGCUGAGGAAGUAUAAUCCUUCUGAAGAAGAGUACGAGAAGGCUUCCGAGAACUUCAUCUACUCUUGUGCUGGGUGCUGUGUAGCUACCUAUGUCUUAGGCAUUUGCGAUCGGCACAAUGACAAUAUAAUGCUUCGAAGCACAGGACACAUGUUCCACAUUGACUUUGGAAAGUUUUUGGGCCAUGCACAAAUGUUCGGUAGCUUCAAAAGGGAUCGAGCUCCUUUUGUGCUUACCUCUGACAUGGCAUACGUCAUUAAUGGGGGUGAAAGGCCCACCAUUCGUUUCCAGUUGUUUGUGGACCUCUGCUGUCAAGCCUACAACUUGAUAAGAAAGCAAACAAACCUCUUUCUUAACCUUCUCUCACUGAUGAUUCCUUCAGGUUUGCCAGAACUUACAAGUAUUCAGGACUUGAAAUAUGUUAGAGAUGCACUUCAGCCCCAGACUACAGAUGCUGAGGCUACCAUUUUCUUCACUAGGCUGAUUGAGUCAAGUCUGGGAAGCAUUGCCACAAAGUUUAACUUCUUCAUUCAUAACCUUGCUCAGCUCCGUUUUUCUGGUCUUCCUUCUAAUGAUGAACCCAUCCUUUCAUUUUCACCGAAAACAUACUCCUUUAGACAAGACGGUCGAAUCAAGGAAGCCUCUGUUUUCACAUAUCACAAGAAAUACAACCCAGAUAAACACUAUAUUUAUGUAGUCCGAAUUCUGAGAGAAGGACACCUUGAACCAUCAUUUGUAUUCCGGACAUUUGAUGAGUUUCAGGAACUGCACAAUAAACUCAGCAUUAUUUUUCCACUUUGGAAGUUACCUGGCUUCCCUAAUAGGAUGGUUCUGGGAAGAACACACAUAAAAGAUGUAGCAGCCAAAAGGAAAAUUGAAUUAAACAGUUAUUUACAGAAUUUGCUGAAUGCAUCAACAGAUGUAGCAGAGUGCGAUCUUGUUUGUACUUUUUUCCACCCCUUACUUCGUGAUGAGAAAGCUGAAGGAAUAGCUAGGUCUGCAGGUGCAGGGUCCUUCAGCCCCACUCUGGGCCAAAUAGGAGGAGCAGUGAAGUUAUCUGUGUCUUACCGAAAUGGCACCCUCUUCAUCAUGGUGAUGCACAUCAAAGACCUUGUUACUGAAGAUGGGGCUGACCCAAAUCCAUACGUCAAAACAUACCUACUUCCAGAUACCCAAAAAACAUCAAAACGUAAAACCAAAAUUUCACGUAAAACUAGGAACCCAACAUUCAAUGAAAUGCUUGUGUAUAAUGGCUACAGCAAAGAAACCUUGAGACAGAAACAACUUCAACUGAGUGUACUCAGUGCAGAAUCUCUGCGGGAGAAUUUCUUCUUGGGUGGAAUAACCCUGCCGUUGAAAGAUUUCAACUUGAGCAAAGAGACAGUUAAGUGGUACCAGCUGACUGCGGCCACAUACCUAUAAACUGUGGAUUUCUGAGCAUUGGAAGCAAGGAGUUAUAAAUGUAUGCACGUGUGUGUACACACAAACACACACUUGGAAAUUUUGUAUAUUUUUAUACAUGGGCAGAAACUAUAAACUUAAAUAUACUUGCAGUGUUUCAACACAUCUGUUGGACCAACUGUCACAUAACUAACUUAAAGAUUUGGGGAAGCCAUUGCUGUUUCAAAAUCAUUCUGUUAAAUGCUACCAAUCCCAAACUUAAUAUAUAGUAUAUAGUAAGUCCUCAAAAAGACUUUGAGAUAAUACUGUAUCAUUUCGGCCACCUUGUCUGCAUUCUUUCUACACAGACACAGCAAGUUGGUUUUCCUGUUAUGCACCUCACAGCCUUUACCACUGUGUAUGUUCACAGACACCAAAGGAAAGAUGCAGCUGCUACUCAACAGGCUGAAAAGCAAAGCACAAAUAGUAGGCAGAAUGCUAAGAACUACUAAGUAGUUUAUAGAAGUAGAGAAAAAAUACUAUUUUUAUUCAUUGUUAAAGCCUUUUCAGAGUAAGUGCCAAUCACUGGAGUUGUAAAUAAUGGUGCCUUACUUAACGUUCUAUGCUUCGUUGGCACUUCAUUCUGAUUAGAGAGUAAGUAGUUUCCAUUCAUCAUCACCUUAAUGAGGACAGAUAUCAGGUACAUUUACUAAUAAUUUUCCCACAAAAAUACUAUGUUCUCUACUUCUGAUUGUGACUUAGUUAUUUAACUAUUAAGCUAUUUGAUUUAAUGUUUGUUGCCCAGUAACUGAAUGAGAUUCAUUGAUGUUGCUGCAUUCUAAAUUCUAUCAUUCCAUUAUAAUCCUAUGUUUAUAUGUAGGGGUGUGAACUGAAAUUGGAGUUUCACUUCUGUGUAUUUAUACUUUACUCCCUCAUUAAACAAAUGGGAAUUGUUUGGCCUUGUGCCCAUUUUUGUUUGGUAAGAGGCCCAGGAAAAGAACGGUAGGAUCCAGACUGAAGUUUAAUAUAAACAUUUAUGGAAGGUGUUGUGUAAACUGUCCUGUAUUUGUAAACAUUGUACAUUCACAUAAAAGAAUUAUUUUCUGUAAUACAAGGAAAUUCAGAAUUAGAAGAGAGGAGUUUGAAGUUACUAUAGUGUAACCAUUAAGAAUAAGAUUCAUUUUUAUUUCUCCUUUCAGACAUAACUUUGUUUAGUUUUAGUAAACAUGUAAAUAUAACAGACUUCAUGGUGAGAAUAGAAUUUCAAAUAUUUUUAGAAUGGUAAUAGAGAUGUAGCAAGUCUGGUAGUCAUGAGAAAACUGACAAACUACUUAAUGAAGGGUAAUACCAAGAGAGGACAAUCUGAUUCAGUUUGCUGAAUGAAAUUUUUGUAAAGUAUACAAAGUGAUUAGCAGAAAUGAUGCUUACAGAGCUAAAUAAGAGUCAAGGGUGUUAUUGUUGGAAUAGAUUUUUAAAGAAAUCAAAACUUGAAAUUUUUGGUGCCUAACACUAUGGUCCACUUUUAGGGAAAGCUGAGUAUAGUAUAUGAAUUUUUUUAUAUUAAAAUGUGUUGUCUAGUUGAUAAAAUGAAGAUCAAAGCACCGUUGUCUACUUUUUCCACAAUUAAUAUUUCCUUAAAUUGUUUUGUAAAUGUACGUAGCACUAGAAUUGUUUUUUUCUUUUGAGGGAGACCUAAUACCAUUCCAUGAGUCACCUAUCUACUUCUUUAAAAAGAUGUUCUUUUUGAAAGAUUGCCUUUGAUAGAACUCAGUGUGGACUUUUGUGAUCUGUUACAGCACAUCUUAGCACAAUAAGAGAACUUGGAAAGGUAGUGUCACUUUCCAAUGACAAGAAAUCUGAUUCAUAUCUAAAAGUAUAUAUUAUGAUUAAUACUGUAUAGUUGAGAAUUCAGAAGAAAAGAUAAUAUUUUCUCUUAAUUUAACUCAAUCUGUGCCUCCUUUGGUUGUUAAAACACAUAUUCUAAUAUAAGUUAUUUGUAAAAUGCUAACUUCAGCCCAUACCAAAAAUAGCAAUAGGGAGGAGAGACUAGCCUCUUUGCACUACUGCAGUCAAUUAUAAACCAACUCGCUUUCUACAAACUUUUUAACACCUUAAAAUACAUCUGAAAACAAAAUCCUAAACUGGCCAAGACACUAACUUUUUUGUAUAAUCAUUUAUAACUACCUUUGUCAAGUAAAAAUAAUUCGCUACAUAGAAGUCCUGUGCCAGAAUUCUUUGUUCUUGGCAGUGCUCUAGGACCUGAAGGUGAUGGUUCAUUCCAAGAACCUGUUGUCUCUGAGGAAUCCACUGAGAACUGGCACCAAUGCUUUUUAGUACUGUGUUUAUGUGACGAGUUGUUAAAGCAUGUAUCUUUUUUACAUAUUCUUUUUUUUUUCAAAUUAAAGUGUAUAAAAACUUCAAAAUCUUGCCUUAAGCUGUUUUAAUUCUUUUCUAGGAUUCAUGAAUUGUGGCAUUUAAAAAUUCACUUUUGAUAAUUUAAAAAAAAAAACACUGAAGCCCUGCUAUUAAAAUACACAUUUACUUACAUGCUACUUACUAGCAGUGCAAAUAUGGAUGUGAUUACUGGUGUCAUCUGUAAGAACCAAAUGCUUUAAUUAUAUCAGCAUAGUGAAGAUGUAUAAUAUUUUUAUUAAUACUUGGAAUAUAUUCAGUGGCUUGAAUGUGACUUCAUAACUAUACUACAAUUAUAUUAAAAUAUUUCUGAAAUAAAGAACUCAAUCU